AACAAAACUUCGAAAUUUGAUUGGCAACGAAGGAGGAGAAACCAGAUGAGCUCGCACGAAGAAGAAACCUUAGUGGAAGCAGCGCUUCGAGUUCUGAACACUGCCGACCCUUUCGAGAAGGCUCGACUCGGCGACUCCGUCGCUUCACGGUGGCUCCACGGUGCCAUCGCUCUUCCCUACCACCCUUCUCGAAACCUACCCGUCCCUGAUCGCCCCGCAAGGCUAUCCAAUGUGAAGUUGGUGGCGCCGAGUCUGAUGCCGAAGCUUGGCAAAGCCGGCAGCUUGCAGAGCAGGAUAGCCAUUGUGCAUAGUCUUGCUCACACUGAAAGCUGGGCCAUUGACCUCUCUUGGGAUAUAAUAGCUCGAUUUGGCAAACAAGAAGCUAUGCCUAGAGAAUUCUUCACAGAUUUUGUGAAGGUCGCACAAGAUGAAGGGCGACACUUCACCCUUCUUGCUGCAAGGCUUGAGGAGCUAGGUUCUUAUUAUGGAGCAUUGCCAGCUCAUGAUGGCCUUUGGGAUUCUGCUACUGCUACUUCCAAGGAUUUACUAUCACGAUUAGCAGUUGAACAUUGUGUCCAUGAGGCCAGAGGACUUGAUGUGCUGCCUACAACAAUAUCUCGUUUCCGCAAUGGUGGGGAUGACACUACAGCAGAGCUACUAGAAAGAGUAGUUUACCCAGAAGAGAUUACACAUUGUGCUGCUGGAGUGAAGUGGUUCAAGUAUCUAUGCCAGAGGUCCAGAAAGCUGGCCCCAGACACAGAAGAGCAAGAAGUUUGUUCAUUACAAAAUGAAAUGACCACAGAGGAGAAUGAAGUGAUUCCAAAGUUUCAUGAAAUAGUGAGGACAUAUUUCAGAGGACCUUUAAAACCACCUUUUAAUGAGACAGCAAGAAAAGCUGCUGGAUUUGGUCCAGAAUGGUAUGAACCGCUUGCUGUUAAAGAGGCCAACCAAUCAUUGUAA